AUUACUUAUUUUCUUCUUACAAUUCAAUUCCUGCGUCUUGUGGUCGAUCAAUUCAAUUCUUUGGAGCUGAGAUUCUCUUCUUCGAUCCACAACAACCUCAAUUUGUAUUGCGAACUUGUCAAUUUCUUCAAUGUUUGUUUCGUGUAUUUGUUUAUUUAUGUAGAUUGAUAUAGUGUAAUUCUAUUGAGUGCAAUUGUGCUUGUCGAAUGAAAGAAAUUUUGUGAACAAAGAUGAGUGGACUCGGUGUUACAAUGAUGGAGUCGAAGAAACUCGUCUACAGAAAUAAGAAGAUGAAAAGGAAAGAGAUACUGGAAAAGAAGAAAGAAAUAUAUGAGAUUAUCAACGCUGCUUCUUCUCCCCACAAGGAUCAUCUGGCUUCUUUCCCGGCUUUUCGCCAUUACCAAAGAAAUGGCCUGUCUGUAUACUUGGAAUCCGGAUGUGGGGAUAAGCUUUCCUCUCCUGUAAAGCAGUACAUUCAGAACCUCCUUAAGGCCAAUAUGGAGGGGCCAUAUGGAUCUGAGUGGCCUUUAGCAGAGAAAGUGAAGCGCAGGGAAAUGGUUGCUCCAGGAGCACGUUAUAUAUUUGUCCUUGAGGAUCCAAAUGCAAAUCAGGCAACCACAAGUGUAGAAACACAAAGGGCCUCUACUUAUUGCAUCAAUGGUAGGGCCCCCAUUGUUGGAUUUGUACAAUACCGAUUUACUGUAGAGGAAGAGAUACCUGUUCUUUAUGUGUAUGAAUUACAGCUUGGGCCUCACGUUCAGAGGAAGGGACUCGGAAAAUUCUUAAUGCAACUAAUUGAGCUUAUUGCUCACAAGAACCAAAUGGGUGCUGUGGUGCUAACUGUUCAAAAAGAAAACUUGUUAGCAAUGAAUUUUUAUAUGAGUAAGCUCAGGUACACAAUAUCAACUGUUUCACCAUCAAGAGUUGAUCCAUUGAUGGGACUUGAGAAGAGUUAUGAGAUUCUUUGCAAAGCAUUUGAUCAUGAAGCUAAAGCAAUAUUGGAGGAAAGCGAGUGACAUGGAGGUGAAUGAAUGUAUAGUCUGAUUCUUUGAUAUGUUUUGAGGUUCGCUCCAAUCUGACUCUGCCAAGAGCUUUGUCACAAUGUUGAUGAUGUUUUGCUUAUUUUAGAAGAAGCAGUGGUAUAAUGUAUAUUUCAUUAUGAACAAUCCGCCUGAGUUUCCAUGUUAUCUACUAUUAUUAUAGUUUUACUUUAUGUAAAUUAAUAGGGUGCACUGGUACAAUGGUUAAAACUCAAGCUAUUAACUUUGAGGAUGUGAGUUUGAACUUGAGAGGGCAACCACUUUGUGCAAAUUAUGCAAGAGCAAUUUACCCAUCGUAGAACUCAUCUAAUGAGACUAAAUUGGAUGUAUUUUUUACC